AUGGCGGUCUUAUUCCUCCUCCUCCUGUUCUUAUGUGGGACUCCCCAGGCUGCUGCAGACAACAUCCAGGCUAUCUACGUGGCUUUGGGGGAGGCCAUGGAGCUGCCAUGUCCCUCACCACCCACUCUACAUGGGGACGAACUCCUGUCUUGGUUCCGCAGCCCUGCAUCGGCUUCCUUCACCAACCUGGUGGCCCAAGUUCAGGUGGCCAGUGCAGCCCCAGACCCUGGGAAACCUGGAAGGGAAUCUAGGCUUAAACUGCUGGGGAACUAUUCUUUGUGGCUGGAGGGGUCCAAGGAGGGAGACGCCGGGCGGUACUGGUGUGCUGUGCUGGGUCAGCACCAAAACUACCAGAACUGGAGAGUAUAUGACGUCUCUGUGCUCAAAGGAUCUCAGUUAUCUGCAAGGGCUGCAGAUGGAUCUUCCUGCUCUGUCCUUCUAUGCUCUGUGGUCCCUACCAGACGCCUGGACUCUGUGACCUGGCUGGAGGGGAGGAGUCCUGUGAGAGGCCGUGUUCAGUCCUUCUGGGGCGAUGGAGCUGCUCUGCUCUUGGUGUGUCCUGGGGAAGGUCUUCCUGAGCCCAGAGGCCGUAGACCAAGAAUCAUCCGCUGCCUCAUGCCUCACAGCAAAGGGGUCAGCUUUAGCCUGGCAGCCUCCACAGGUGCCUCUCCCACCCUCUGUGCUCCUUCCAUGGGCUGGGGUGUGCCCUGGAUCCUGAUGCUGUUGCUCACAGUGGGCCAGGGACUCACCAUCCUGGCUCUCAGCAUCAUGCUCUGGAGGCGGAGGGUUCAGGGGACUCCAAGCAGAGAUGUCUCGAUUCCUCAAUUCAAACCUGAAAUCCAGGUCUAUGAGAACAUCCAUUUGGCUCGUCUCGGCCCACCUGCCCACAAGACCAGGUGA